GCAUGUCUGCUGUAGGAAAGAGGCAUGAUAUGUUGUGUCAGAAGGCAGUGGCCCUCAUAGUUGACCUAUGCACUCGGGACAGCCCACAGCUGGACCACGACACCUGUGAGGAGUUUCUCUUUCAUAUCUCCAAUCAAGAGUACAACCACAAAGAACCUGACAUCACUGUUGGCGUUCCCAUCGGCGUGAUAAUAGCGUGUGGCUUGGCACUGCUCUUGCUUGCCACAUUUGUCUCCUGGAAGCUGUGCUGGGUUCCUUGGAGGAACAAACCGCUUUCAUCUAGUUCAGCAGCCCUCGCCCCCGAAGACUGCCCUUCGGUUCAGCUACCAUCUCUUUCGCCGAGUCCUCAGCCGUCCGAGGUCGCCAUGGCGACUGAGAAGGAAAAAUAUCCUUUGGCAUCAAUGGGCUUCCUGGAGGCAGCCGUUAAAAUAAGCCAAACAUCUCCUGACAUCCCUGCUGAGGUGCAACGCUCCAUGAGGGAGCACUUUUUGCGGCGUACGCAGCGCAUGCAAAGACAGACCACCGAACCGGCCUCAUCCACCAGACACAGUUCAUUCAAACGUCACCUGCCUCGUCAGAUGCAGGUAAGCAGUCUGGAUCUCGGGGACGACUACGAAGUGGACGAACAACCAACCAGCAUAGGUCGCAUCAAUCCCGAACUCUACAAGCAGAUCGGCACAAAAAACGAAGACUCCAGCAACGGUGAAAGUGGAAAAAACUGCGGGAAGAUUAAUUUUUCUCUCCGGUACGACUAUGAGAAUGAGAUGUUACUUGUUAAGAUACUCAAGGCUUUUGAUCUACCAGCCAAGGAUCUUUGUGGCAGCUCUGACCCUUAUGUAAAGAUCUACCUGCUGCCAGACAGGAAACAGAAAUUCCAGACUCGGGUGCAUCGUAAAACGCUCAACCCCACAUUUGAUGAAUCCUUCCAGUUUCCUGUUACCUACGAUGAGCUGCCUGUCAGGAAACUCCAUCUGAGUGUUUUUGACUUUGACCGAUUCUCACGGCACGAUAUGAUCGGAGAGGUCAUACUGGACAAUCUGUUUGAAGUGUCUGAUCUCUCAAGAGAGACGUCCAUCUGGAAAGACAUUCAGUAUGCUACCUCUGAGAGUGUGGAUCUUGGUGAGAUCAUGUUCUCGCUCUGCUAUCUGCCCACGGCAGGCAGACUAACACUCACAGUCAUCAAGUGCAGGAACCUCAAGGCCAUGGACAUCACAGGAUACUCAGAUCCCUAUGUCAAAGUUUCCCUCAUUUGUGAUGGAAGACGUCUGAAAAAGAAGAAGACUACCACAAAGAAAAAUACUUUGAACCCCACAUAUAAUGAGGCCAUUAUCUUUGACAUCCCUCCUGAGAGUAUGGACCAAGUCAGCUUAUACAUCUCUGUCAUGGACUAUGAUCUAGUGGGCCAUAAUGAAAUAAUUGGUGUGUGUCGUUUGGGGAGUGGUGCUGAAGGUUUGGGUAGGGACCACUGGAACGAGAUGCUGGCAUACCCCCGUAAACCCAUUGCACACUGGCACCCCCUUCUGGAGCACAAGAAGUCUGAAAAAGAGUGGAAAACUAGAACGGCCAGUUUUGACAGUCAGGGGUCUUGUCCCUCCCCCAAACCUCCUGCCAGCCCUUGAUCAGAGCCAGAUGUAAAGCCACAGCCUCGGCAUCUUCACUCUCUUGCCGAUGUCUGUCUGUCUGUCCGAGGAAAAGAAAGAAAGAGAGAGAAAUAUACUCCUGUUAUCCACUUUUCCCUACGGGUUGCUGUGGAUGCUUCCCGAUAACCCUGAUCUAAGAUCAGACCCUGUCAUCUUUGCCCGUUGUUCCUCGUGUUCAGAAUGUUCAGUCCAAGAUCUUCAGUCGGCUCCUGGGGGUGUUGUGCAAACUACUUCUAUAUCUACUGUAGAAUACUCUACAAAGCCAACGUUGUGUUCCUAGAAUAGUUUGGUAUCGUCAGCAGAAUUGUUUCUUCCCCCAGAUUGAAAUGUGACUGUGAUUGUCCUGUAUUCAGUCUGUGUGCAGUAGAACUUUCCACACAACACUGCAGAUCUUUGUGGAUGCGGCUGUUCAGAUCUUGGUUUUUGAAAGCAGGACCAAUCGUCUUGGGAGACUGAGGUUUUGAGAACGUGGGCAGAAUGAUGAAGGUAAAUUAGAGGUUGAAAGAGAAAAAUAAUGUCUUCUGUGGGAAAGCAAAUUAAGAGAUUUGAGGAGCUCAGAUGCAAAAGACGCUACAUGCCAACUCCAUCAGAAAUUAGAUAAUGAUAUUGACCGAAUGCUCAUCAAAAACCUUCACUUCAAAUCCGCUUAAUCACGGCCUCGGGCCAUUCAGAAAUUUAGCUUUGUUGACAGAAUCCGCUAAACGUCAAAUUCCUGGAUGAAUUGGAAGAACGAAAGCGUGUAAAACGACCAUGGAUCACAUUUUAAAUGUGGGUCCCUUUUGAGUACUUGGACCUGAAUACAACACGUAUGCAGCAGUGACAUGGAUCACAGCGCCCCCUUAUGUGUGGUUGAGUUUAUUCAUUUUUACAGUCAUCAUUUGUAAUGUUUCUAGUUGCAUAUGUAUUAUGUAGUGAUUUUGCAAUUGUUUACUAUGUCUUGCCCAAAGAAGUGAAUUUUUUUUAGAAAAGGUGGUUUUUGCCGAAAAAGCUUGCAUGCACUUUGCUGCAAAAAACUAAUUUGUUCAAUUCCAACGAAAUGACUAAAGUGACAAUUGUAUAAAUAAGGCAUUUAAAUAACUGACUAAUAACAUUUCCAUUGCCAUUACUGUGAAAAAACAUAAGAGCCUGUUAAAAAAUGCUCAGUUAAAAGAAAACAUGCAGAUGCACUUUGCAUCUGAACUCCUCAUUUGUUAUCUGCUAAGCUAUGAAAAUAUUAUCUUUAAAAUCCUUGUAUGAAUACAAACUGCGUGAAGGUACGAAGAAUAUAAAAAACAGCAGUUUAUAGAUGUUGUAUAAAUGUUAUAUGUGAAAAAGAGAUUACAUUUUCUCAGAGCACAAGAAUGAAAAGAAAACAGAGAUGGUUUACAUGUAAAAAAAAAACACACAAUGUAGCUGAAUAAAUCUAUUUGAUUACAUGAAUAUUCAUGUGAAUACCAGGAGUACAAAACUGGGCAUUUGAUGUAAGAGUUAAAACAUCUGUCUUGGUUAAUGAGUUUUUCUGUUUGCUGAAAAGGAGGUAAAGCAGAAAAGUACCAUUGCAUUUAAUAGAUUCAAUUACUCUUUGAACCCUCCCAACUUUCCAUUUUAAACAUCUUAUUUAACAUAUUUUUGAGAUGAAAUCUUUUAUUGUGAGUUAAAUUGGACUGUCAAAAUGUUCAUUAUUUUGCUGGAAAAUGUCUGAGGUAAGGAUUGUAUGCCUAUGUUUUUUCCCGCACUGUAUGACAAGAGCAGGGUUGAUAUUUCAUCAAAAAAUUAUGAGGUAUUUAAAAGUAUUCUCCCAGCAGGUUUUAGAUGGUUUGUUUUAUUGGACACCAAUCAAUCAUAUUUUGUUUAUGACAAAUGAUGUGAGGAAAAACAUACAAAUGCAAGUACACACAGUCUAUAUCCAGAACAGCUGUAACGUAGAAAAUAUUGUGAGGUAACAAAAAUCCUUAAUAUAUAUGUAUAAAUUAUCAUUUUAACGAUGCAAUCUUGUUCAGGAAUAAAAUGUAUAUAAUUUAGAGCUGGACAAUGCAGGUAAAAUAAUCAUUAAUGCUACUUUUUUGAGCAAAUUUAUAACCACAUUUGUUUUAUUUUUCUGAUUUGGAAAUAAUCUUUGUCUGAUUGACUGCUUACUGUCAUUGUGUUUUACAUUGCUAUUUACAACAACAAGGAAAUAUAAAUUUAAUGGACAUGUUACUCUUAAAAGGGACACUCAACUUUUUUUGAAAAUAUGCUAAUUUCCCAGCUUCCCUAGAGUUAAACAUUUGACUCUUACCGUUUUGGAAUAAAUUCAGAUGAUCUGCGAGUCUGGCGCUACCACUUUUAGCAUAGCUUAGCAUAAUCCAUU